GACUCGCCCCAGGUCGCUCGGUCUCCAAAUUCCCGAGAAAAAGCCGCUACUCGUUUGAUCCUCUUUAUCACGUGAACAAAUUUCUGACAGACUUUUGCAGUUACCGCUAGAUGUGAUGAGUUUAUUGAAAAUAAAAACACAUGAUUGUGUGUGUUUGUGAGGAUUAAAAAGCUAGCUGUGCUUUAAACACAGAGAUCUGUUAUAAUGAGUACAGAGGGAGACACACAGCGCUUCUUCAGGACGUCUCAGGUUCCCGAUCCUCCUCUCUCACAGCUGUGUGAGGACGUGAAAAUGGAGAUGUCAGAUGGAGGGACGCCUGAAGUGACAGAAGUCUGUGUAAAGAAAGAAGAGGACAUCUAUGACUACGGGGACAACCUCGAGAACACACCUGAAGAUGUCUGCAUUAAAGAGGAAGAGCCUGACCAUAAAGACUACCUCUAUUGUGAGGUUUGCAAAUCCGUCUUCUUCAACAAGUGUGAGGUUCAUGGCCCGCCUGUCUUCAUCCCUGAUACUCCUGUUCCCAUGGGCGUCUCUGACCGAGCCAGACUAUCUCUUCCUCCUGGACUAGAGAUUCAGAAGUCCAGUAUUCCUGCUGCAGGUCUGGGGGUGUUUAAUAAGGAGGAGACUGUUCCAGUAGGUGCACAUUUUGGACCCUACCAGGGAGAGCUAGUAGACCGAGAGGAAGCCAAGAACAGCGGAUACUCCUGGGUGAUCUACAGAAGCAGGCAGUGUGAAGAAUACAUAGAUGGUGCAAGAGAAGUUCAUGCAAACUGGAUGAGGUAUGUGAAUUGCGCUCGUCAUGAUGAAGAACAGAAUCUUGUGGCAUUUCAGUAUCGAGGUGGAAUUCUGUAUCGGUGCUGUCGAGCCAUAAACCCAGGACAGGAGCUUUUAGUGUGGUAUGAAGAGGAGUACGCCAAAGAACUCAGUCCUGCUUUUGACUACCUGUGGAACAAAAAGUCCUCCACGAAUGAAUUGAACAACACUCUUUUGCAAAGCUUUUCCUGCUCUACUUGUGCUCUUUCCUAUGCAUCUCAAAUUUAUCUUGACAAACACAUCCAGAGAUGUCACUCCGAAGAAUAUCUGAAACUGGAGGAAUCAGAAGAGAUUAAACAUGAGCUUCCUAUUUCCUCAAAAGUCUCCAGUCAGCCCAUAUCAUCUGAUACUCUCAGUUCUCACGAUGACGUACAGAAAGAAAUUCAUCACUGCUCAGACUGUGGAAAGAGUUUUGCUGAUCAGAAUGCCCUCAAAUCACAUAAGUGCAUUAACACGGUAAGGAAGCCGUAUCACUGCUUACAGUGUGGAAAGAGUUUUACUCAGAGAUUUAAUCUCAAAAGACACCAGCUCCUUCACACAGGAGAGAAGCCAUUUCACUGCUCACAGUGUGGGAAGAGAUUUAAUCAGCAGUGUACUCUCGACCGACACCAGCGCUGGCACACAGGAGAGAAGCUGUAUCAAUGCUCACAAUGUGGAAUGACUUUUCCUCUGCAAGGUACUCUUCGAAAACACCAGCGCACUCACUUUAGAGAAGGGCUGUAUAAUUGCUCACAGUGUGGGAAAAGUUUUACUUGCAAGAGGCAUCUCCAGCAACAUGAGCACAUUCACACUGGAGAGAAGCCACAUCAGUGCUCACAGUGCUUAAAGAGGUUUACUCACUCCAGUACUUUAAAAAACCACCAACGCAUUCACACAGGAGAGAAGCCGUAUCAUUGCUCACAGUGUGGAAAAAGUUUUUCUCAGCGAGCUAAUUUCAAAGAACAUGAGCGCCUUCACACAGGAAAGAAGCCGUAUCAGUGUUCCGAGUGUGGAAAGAGUUUUACUCAGAGAAGUAACCUCAAAUAUCACCAGCGCCUUCACACAGGAGAGAAGCCGUAUCAGUGUUCACAGUGUGGAAAGAGUUUUACUCAGAGAAGUAACCUCAAAGAUCACCAGCGCCUUCACACAGGAGAGAGGCCGUAUCAGUGCUUAGAGUGUGGAAAGGGUUUUAAUCGUCCGAGUACUCUCCAACAACAUCAGCGUAUUCACACCAGAGAGAUGCCGUUACCCUGCUUACAGCAUGAAAAGACAUAAGUUUUUUUAGUUUAAUUAAGUACACUGACUUGAACAUGCAUGAUUUAAAAUUUUCAUAUUUUAUGUUUCUGUUACUGUUUGUGCUGAAAAUGGUCUGAAUCUUAAAAUGCAUUUUUCAUAUUUUUUUGCAGACUUUUU